GCGAGCUGCCGGGAAGGUAGAGGACCGGUCUCCGUACAGACAGCCAGACCUGGGGCGGGAAGAAGGGGGUCACUGGGGCGGAGAGCACCUCACACACUACCGGCCGGGGGAGGGGAGCUCGGGAUCCACUUCCUGGAUUCGGAGGAUUUGUUUUCCCGGAUCUUAUGCUGUCCGCGGGACAGGAGCACGCCGCAGGACACAGCCUGACGGUGAAGAUUAAACUGCUGGAUUAAACUUGGGAGGCGAGCAGUGUCGUGCCUGCACAAGAGGAAGAAGAGAUGUAAGAGGCGAUUGGCGUUUAAUCUUGUGGAGGCGAUCUAUUGAAAAGCUCAAAUAGGAGUAGAGAGAAGCAAUGGGAAUUGGAGGCCAUGGUAACCUGACAUAAAUGGCUGGCUGGAGGGGUUCACACCUCUUUGCUUCCUGCGUCUUCUGCCUUGUCUUGUGCUGUUGCUGCUGCUCCCCUGAGAAUAUCCACGUCUUGGCAUUGUGCAGCCAAAGGACCAUAAUUAUUCAGUUUAGGUGAAUGUUAGGGUGAGGUGGGUGGCCUCACCAUGAUUCAUUUAUGGAAAUUAGUGCGUCACAUGCGACAGCUGGAACUCCACCGCUUGAUCCUGCUGCUCAUCGCCUUUAGCUUGGCCUCCAUGUGUUUCUUGGCUUACUAUGUGACCAACAGCCCAAAAAUAAAGGAGCCUCCUCCAUUACCUUUCAGUGACUGCAGCAGCCAGCAAAGGGUUGCAAUACAACCACAAGCCAGUUGGCGGAUCGCCAAGUCCGUGGACACGUCUCGCACCGAGCCAGUGGUACUAGUUUUUGUGGAGAGCAUCUAUUCUCAGCUUGGACAAGAGAUCGUGGCUAUCUUGGAGUCUGGCCGCUUCAAGUAUAGGACAGAAAUAGCCCCUGGAAAGGGUGACAUGCCAACACUUACCGAUAAAGAUCGAGGACGCUAUGCUCUAAUCAUUUAUGAGAACAUCCUGAAGUAUGUGAAUUUAGAUGCAUGGAACAGGGAAUUGCUAGAUAAAUACUGUGUGGAAUAUGGGGUUGGUAUCAUUGGGUUUUUCAAAGCCAACGAGAACAGUUUAUUGAGUGCACAGCUGAAAGGCUUCCCUUUAUUUCUUCAUUCCAACUUGGGGUUGAGGGACUACCACAUCAAUCCUAAUGCUCCUCUUCUGUAUGUCACUAGAGCAAAUGAGGUAGAGCAAGGUCCUCUACCGGGGGAUGACUGGACAGUAUUCCAAUCUAACCAUAGCACCUAUGAACCAGUUCUGUUGGCAAGCACAAAGUCUGCAGAGUCCAUUCCUCACUUACCCACUCACAAAGCACUUCAUGCAACAGUGGUACAGGACUUGGGCCUUCAUGAUGGAAUCCAGAGAGUCCUGUUUGGCAACAAUCUUAACUUCUGGCUACACAAGCUUAUCUUUGUGGAUGCUAUUGCCUACUUGACUGGCAAACGUCUCUGCCUCACUCUCGAUCGAUAUCUUUUGGUUGAUAUUGACGAUAUAUUUGUUGGCAAAGAAGGAACACGUAUGAAGGUGUCUGAUGUUGAGGCCCUGCUGAACACGCAAAGCAAGCUUAGAACACUAGUUCCGAAUUUCACAUUCAACCUGGGCUUUUCUGGGAAAUUCUAUCACACAGGUACGGACGAGGAGGAUGAAGGGGAUGAUAUGCUGCUACAACACAGAAAGGAGUUCUGGUGGUUCCCCCAUAUGUGGAGUCACAUGCAGCCUCAUUUAUUCCACAAUGUCACGGUCCUUGCAGAGCAGAUGAAACUCAACAAGCAAUUUGCACUGGAACACGGCAUCCCUAUAGAUUUAGGGUACGCAGUGGCGCCCCAUCAUUCUGGCGUAUACCCAAUUCACAGUCAACUCUAUGAAGCCUGGAAAUCUGUGUGGAGCAUACACGUUACCAGCACUGAAGAGUACCCACACCUACGGCCAGCUCGGUACCGAAGGGGUUUCAUACACAAUCGCAUCAUGGUUUUACCACGGCAGACCUGCGGGCUCUUUACUCACACCAUAUUCUACAAUGAGUACCCUGGGGGCUCCAAAGAACUUGAUAAGUCCAUUCGCGGUGGUGAACUUUUCCUGACUAUCCUCCUUAACCCGAUCAGCAUCUUCAUGACACAUCUCUCAAACUACGGCAACGACCGCCUGGGGCUCUACACGUUUGAAAGCCUAGUGAAGUUUGUGCAGUGUUGGACCAAUCUCCGACUCCAAACUCUACCACCUGUUAACCUGGCAAAGAAAUACUUUGAAAUCUUUCCACAAGAGAAGGAUCCUCUAUGGCAGAAUCCUUGUGAUGACAAGAGACAUAAAGAUAUCUGGUCAAAGGAAAAGACCUGUGACAGGCUGCCAAAGUUUUUAGUUGUUGGACCUCAAAAGACUGGUACAACAGCCCUGUACUCCUUUCUUGGCAUGCACCCAGCUGUCACAAGUAACUUCCAUAGUCCAAUCACUUUUGAGGAGAUCCAGUUUUUCAAUGGAUUGAACUAUCACAGAGGCAUUGAUUGGUACAUGGAAUUCUUCCCUAUGCCUUCCAAUGCUAGCACGGACUUUAUGUUUGAGAAGAGUGCAAAUUACUUUGACGCUGAAGUGGUACCUAAACGAGCUGCAGCACUUCUCCCCAGAGCAAAAAUUAUCGCUAUCUUAAUCAGCCCUUCAUACCGAGCUUACUCCUGGUAUCAGCAUCAGCGAGCGCAUAAUGACCCAGUAGCAAUGAACUUCACAUUUGCACAGGUGAUAACAGCUGGGCAGCGUGCUCCCCCAGAACUCCGGAACCUGCAGAGCCGUUGCUUGAUGCCUGGGUGGUAUGCUACACAUCUGGAAAGGUGGUUGAGCUAUUACCCUGCCAGCCAGUUUCACAUUGUGGAUGGGCAAGAACUGCGGAAUGACCCAGCCUCGGCCAUGGAGAGUUUGCAGAAGUUUUUAGGAGUGACACCACAUUAUAACUACACACAGGCCCUUAAGUUUGAUGAAGCCAAAGGAUUUUGGUGCCAGGUUGUAGAAAAUGGGAAGACAAAAUGUCUUGGGAAAAGCAAGGGCCGAAAAUACCCUGACAUGGAGCCAUCGUCACGGACUUACCUAACGGACUUUUACCGGGAAAAUAACAUUGAACUUUCCAAGCUGUUAAACCGGCUUGGUCACCCUCUGCCAACAUGGCUGCGAGAAGAACUUCAGAAUUCUAGCCGGAGCUGAGCCUGGGUUCCAACAUGCACUGGCAUGCUACAUCUACACACAACCACAUGGCAGAAGUCAACAGAAAUCAGCUCGCAAGGACUAAUCCUGCUGCACGGGUUGGCUUUCUUUGUAGCAAUGAAUAGCACUAUGGAUGUUGACCAAUCAUUGUGGGAACCAGAUGGCUUUGUUCUAAUUUCUGUAGCAUGUGGACCUUUGUGCUGCAGUGAUGGACACAACCUUGCUGAGUCUAAAAAUAUGUGACAAAAAUGCACCUCCUGUACAAAAGUGUUAACUGUUUUGUUACAGAGCUUCUGGUAACAGAUGUCUAGAAAAUUAAAGUCGCACAAUGAAGCCUAUUUUAGGCCAGACUUUGAGGAACUUAAUCUGAAUCAAGAUUACAUCAGAAUGGAACAAGGUGGUCUGGGAUUAUGUACUUUGACUCCUCUAGGGCAUUUGCACCAUGGUAACCUGUGCUUUUUGGUGGAGUGCGGGUUCCAUUGGAGACAUUGCUAAAUUAUUCAAGCUGUGGAAAAGAGCAGUUUAAGUCCAUUUUAUCACCAGGAUCCCUUUCCUUCCUCUCACGUUUUUGAGCAUACCAUGGGAAUAGUUCUCACCAUGCCAACUCACUUACAAAUUUAUAUUUAAUUCAUUUUUGAUAGUGAACAGAGCAUGCUUGUUUUGAAUCUCGACAUCUUAUAAGUGACUUAUCUUGUAAUUCUUCAUUGCACAUUCUGUGGCACGUUCAACCACUCUUGCCCCAUGCCAACCGAUCUUUCCAAAGAGUAGACCUGUGCACACGUAGGUAGGAAUGUUGAUGGCCCUUCAAAAACAAAUCACUUCAGUUAGAGGUUUGUAAAAAGAGCCUGAAAAAGAAAUGUCCACAGGAACUUGGUUUGGUAAAGGAACUCUUGAAUUUUAAAAAUAUGUUCCUUUACUAGUUCAGUAUUCUGAGCCUUUAAUUAUUAUUUUUUUUUAAAUGCCAUUAAAUGGCACAGAGUCAGACUCCUUACUGCAGCCUCAUCCUCCUACUGGGAGAUCACCAAAUUUGAUCUGGGUCUAAUCAAAUACUUCUCAUAGAGAAACAUUGGAGACAUAUGGUGCAUGAGCGGCAAUCAAUGCUAUCUGCCAAUCUAAUGUUUCUCUAUGAGAAGUCAUUGGAUCCAUAUGUCAUGAAUUUCACAAUUUCUCCUAUGAGUUGCUUAAAACAUUGCAGAGUUUGAGUAGAUGUAGGCGAUUACUUUAUUCUGUAAAUCAGAUUACUGUCUGCCAACUGUACAUCUAAACUAUCUUUAUCCCAUAACUGCUUCCUCUUGGUACUUUAUAUUUUAAAUAUUUUUUUUUUAUGGGGAUUUUCAAUAUUUAUUAAUUUAUCAUCUGGUUAGUACAUAAUCUUAAUUUUAAAUAGUUUCUAAAGAUUCUAGAU